GGUGACAUAAACAGUCAUGGCGGAGAAAGGAGCUGGCGAGUCCGUCAAACAGACGCCGUCCGCGGCAGAGAAGCAGCUCCUCCGCCGCAGACGGGAGCUGAACUCCUGGAAACAGGACGCGGCGCGGCUCCGCAGCAGGAACCUGCUGACCGGCCUGGCCAUCGGGGCCUUCGUGGUGGGGAUGUUCAGCUACACCAUCCUGUCGGUCAAACAGGAGAGAGUCCUGGAGGAGCUGGACAACGAAGCCAAGAUUCACAUCAUGAGAGGACCGAGGACCGGAGCCAAUUCAUGAACCGGCCCGGAUGUGCUGCCCUCCGAACCUCGGUGUGGCAGACGGACUCUGUUUCUGACGUUCACAGACGGCUCGUACUGACACGGGCUUGCAGGACGGUUUCAUUGUUUGUGUUAUUUCUGCUGUUGACAUAACAGAUUACUGUUAAUUUAACCCUAUGGAGUGAAAUAAAAAGUGAACAUAAAAACAAAUCAUGCGCGACUGCAUUAGUGAUGAACUGAAUAGAGAAAGUAUGAACAUUGUGCCGUAAUUAGUCAACCAGAUUUUUUUUUUAAUGAUGCCACAUUACAUUAUAUGUAAUGAAAUUCACAAAUCUUCUGUCAGUGACUUGUGUAUUGUAUUUAAAAGUCAGAAGAAAUAUUGGAAAUUGAACAGUUCAAUUAUUUAUCCUUUUGUUGGACAAGUGACCAUAUGAGCUGGGCCGAAUUUAGAAAUGUUUGCAGCUUUUCCAACUUUUGAGAAACUCAGAAAGGUUCUACUUUAUCGAAAGACUCAUUACUGAUGGGCACAUCCCACAAAUGCAUGUUUACCAGACACGUGGCAUCAUUCAAAAGGGAAAUAAACAGACUUUCCAACUGCGCAAGAAGCAUUACUGAAAAGAAGAAUUAAUCCAAACACACAUGUCCUCCCUUUGUGCACAGUUCAUUCAUUCAGGUGUCACUCAACUGAAGGGUUUUGAUUCAAUAUUCCCAUGAGCCUCUGUGGUUUAUUGGUCAGUUUUCCUCUGUGGUC